UGCUGUUGGCCCUGUUGGGGGUCCUGCUAGGGCCACCUGGGGCUCCAGCCUUGUCCCUUGAGGCCUCUGAGGAAAUGGACCUGGGUAUGGCCUCCUCGGUGGGAGAGGGUGGCAGGGCGGGCUGUGUGGACACCAGGAGGGGGCUGCUAACUAAGCAGAGCUGGAGAGGAUCCUGGUCCUGGCCCUGAGAAGGUGGCAGCCGGGCAGGGCUCAAGCAGAGAUUCAGUGUCUGGCUCCCAGCCAACAUCUCCAUAUCUCUGUCUACAAGAGAGGACUGGCCUUGCAGGGCACAGGGCUCCAAGCUGGGAUGCAGAGCCUGUGGUGAGCCUCUUGGGUGUGUGUGUGUGUGUGUGUGUGUGUGUGUGUGUGUUGUGCACUGGGUGUGUGUGUUUGGAAGGGCCAGGCAGCAUGUGUGGUUUGUGCACUGUGAGUGUAAUAUGCCCCAGAAGUGUGGCAUGCGUCCUGUAUAUAACACCUAUAGCAUGGGCCGUGCGCGCGCGCGCGCGCGCGCGUGUGUAUGUGUGUUUGUGUGUGUGUAUCUUGGGUAGUGGUGUGUCUAGCAUGUGUGCCAAGUAUCAUGUGUGUGACCUGCCCCAGAAGUGUGACUUUAGCCCUGUGCAUAGCAUCUGAGGCAUGUGGUUAUGUGUUCAGAGGAGCGGCACCGUGUUCAAGCAUGCGUCAAAGUGCUCGUGCAGUGUGUUGUUUGUGUGCGGACGGGGCUGCCUCAGAGGGGACUGCGGGGCUCACUAACCUCUGCUGUCCACCCUCAGAGCCCUGCCUCGCCCCCAGCUCGGAACAGCAAGAACAGGAGCUGACCGUUGUCCCUGGGCAGCCUGUGCGGCUGUGCUGUGGGCUAGGGGAGCGUGGUGGCCACUGGUACAAGGAGGGCAACCGCCUGGCACCUGCUGGCCGGGUACGGAGCUGGAGGGGCCGCCUGGAGAUUGCCAGCUUUCUGCCGGAGGAUGCUGGCCACUACCUCUGUCUGGCACGCAGCUCCAUGAUCGUCUUGCACAAUCUCACCUUGGUUACAGAUGAUUCCUUGACUUCAAGUAACGAUGAUGAAGAACCCAAGGCCAACAGAGACUCCUCAAAUGGGCAUAUUUACGUCCAGCAAGCACCCUACUGGACACAUCCCCAGCGUAUGGAGAAAAAACUGCAUGCGGUGCCUGCCGGGAACACGGUUAAGUUCCGCUGUCCUGCUGCAGGCAACCCCAUGCCCACCAUCCAUUGGCUCAAGGAUGGACAGGCUUUCCACGGGGAGAAUCGCAUCGGGGGCAUUCGGCUGCGCCACCAGCACUGGAGCCUGGUGAUGGAAAGCGUGGUGCCCUCAGACCGCGGCACGUACACCUGCCUUGUGGAAAACCCUCUGGGCAGCAUCCGUUACAGCUAUCUGCUGGAUGUGCUGGAGCGGUCCCCGCACCGGCCCAUCCUGCAGGCGGGGCUCCCGGCCAACACCACGGCUGUGGCAGGCAGUGACGUAGAGCUGCUGUGCAAGGUGUACAGCGAUGCCCAGCCCCACAUCCAGUGGCUGAAGCACAUCGUCAUCAAUGGCAGCAGCUUCGGGGCCGAUGGCUUCCCUUAUGUACAAGUCCUAAAGACAGCAGACAUCAAUAGCUCAGAGGUGGAGGUCCUAUACCUGCGGAAUGUGUCGGCCGAGGAUGCUGGCGAGUACACCUGCCUGGCAGGCAACUCCAUUGGCCUCUCCUACCAGUCAGCCUGGCUCACGGUGCUGCCAGAGGAAGAUCCCACGUGGACAGCAGCAGCUUCCGAGGUCAGGUAUACAGACAUCAUUCUGUAUUCAUCGGGCUCCCUGGCUUUGGCUGUGCUCCUGCUGCUGGCUGGGCUGUAUCGCGGGCAGGCGCUCCACAACCGGCACCCCCGCCAGCCUGCCACUGUGCAAAAGUUGUCCCGCUUCCCUUUGGGCCGACAGGUACCAUGCCCAUCCCCUACGCCCAUCUCCCGUAAGGCUCUCAGCCUGACCCCAGCAGGCAGAGCCAAGUCCUCCACUUUGCAGUUCUCCCUGGAGUCUGGCUCCUCGGGCAAGUCAAGCUCAUCCCUGGUUCGAGGCGUCCGGCUCUCCUCCAGCGGCCCUCCCUUGCUUGCUGGCCUCGUGAAUCUAGACCUCCCUCUGGACCCACUGUGGGAGUUCCCCCGGGACAGGCUGGUGCUCGGGAAGCCCCUGGGCGAGGGCUGCUUCGGGCAGGUGGUGCGUGCAGAGGCCAUUGGCAUGGAUCCUGCCCAACCUGACCAAACGAGCACCGUGGCUGUCAAGAUGCUCAAAGACAACGCCUCUGACAAGGACUUAGCAGACCUGGUCUCUGAGAUGGAAGUGAUGAAACUGAUCGGCCGACACAAGAAUAUCAUCAACCUGCUGGGUGUCUGCACCCAGGAAGGGCCCCUGUAUGUGAUCGUGGAGUGUGCUGCCAAGGGCAACCUGCGGGAGUUCCUCCGCGCCAGGCGUCCUCCAGGCCCCGACCUUAGCCCUGAUGGGCCUCGGAGCAGCGAGGGGCCCCUCUCCUUCCCUGCCCUGGUCUCCUGUGCCUACCAGGUGGCCCGAGGCAUGCAGUAUCUGGAGUCACGGAAGUGCAUCCACCGGGACCUGGCUGCCCGCAACGUGCUGGUGACCGAGGAAAACGUCAUGAAGAUCGCUGACUUUGGGCUGGCCCGUGGCAUCCACCACAUCGAUUACUACAAGAAAACCAGCAAUGGCCGCCUGCCUGUUAAGUGGAUGGCACCAGAGGCCUUGUUUGACCGCGUAUACACACACCAGAGUGACGUGUGGUCCUUCGGGAUCCUGCUGUGGGAGAUCUUCACGCUCGGGGGCUCCCCGUAUCCUGGCAUCCCUGUGGAAGAGCUGUUCUCACUGCUGCGGGAGGGGCAUCGGAUGGACCGGCCCCCACACUGCCCCCCAGAGCUGUACGGGCUGAUGCGUGAGUGCUGGCACGCGGCACCUUCCCAGAGGCCCACCUUCAAGCAGCUGGUGGAAGCACUGGACAAAGUCCUGCUGGCCGUCUCCGAGGAGUACCUCGACCUCCGCCUGACCUUUGGACCCUACUCCCCCUCUGGUGGGGAUGCCAGCAGCACUUGCUCCUCCAGUGACUCCGUCUUCAGCCACGACCCCUUGCCACUGGGACCAAACCCCUUCCCCUUCCCUGGAGUACAGACAUGAGCAGCGGCAUGAGGUUGUUCGGGCAGGUAGGCCAGUGGCCUUGGGCUCCUGGCUCAGCCAAAACCUGGCCCAGCAUUUGACUUUGGCAGCCCCAGGGACCUGUCCUCAAAGUGCUGUCCCAGAGCUCUGGCUUCCCCUUAGUAUGGUUUGGUUGUGUCAUGUUAUGUUUGUUUGAGACAGGGUAUCGCUAUGUAGUCCAGGCAGGCCUUAAACCCACAGCAAUCCUCCUGCCUCAGCCUCCCGAGUGCUGGGAUUACAGGCAUGAGCCACUAUGCUGGCUGGUUCCCCUUUGGGGAACGUCUGGUACGUCCUCGGGUUCCAAGCUAAGGUUUUCUGCUCUGUCUUUGGUUCGCAGUGCAGAGUCCAACCAUAGUCUCAAGGUCCUGCCUUUACCUUGGAGUUACGGUGCCAGUGUCCUAAUUGCCUGAGAGUUAGGAAGGUUCUUCUCUGCCUCCUGACCUUGGCACUCAGUUCCUGUCCCGGGGCUUGGCUGGCCUGGCCACGGAAAUGCUGUCCUAACCCUGCCGGCUUCACAACAUCAGAGGUUAAAACCUCUGACCUCCAUUUCCCCAAGUUUCCUCCCCUGUCCCCGCUGCUUGUCCCGGUAUCUUGGCGGAAAGAGCAUUGGUUCUUGUGCCCCUGAGGGACUGGAAACCUGCCCGAAACACAGGACCAGAUGACCUUUUUAUAAAUUAUUUUUUUGAAAUAAA